GUGUCCGCGACCAUGGCGCCGUGUCUGACGCGGAGAUCGGCGCUGCUGCUCGCCACCGUGCUGGUCGGCAUCGAGGCGCGCCCCUACAGGGAGCAGGUGUCGGACCGAGGUAUCGACUCUCUAGGAGGAGGCAACCUGUUGCGAGGCAUCGACUCUCUGGGAGGGGGCCAUCUGCUCCGAGGCAUCGACCCCCUUGGCGGAGGAAACCUGCUGCGAGGCAUUGACUCUCUGGGAGGGGGCCAUCUGCUCCGAGGCAUUGACCCCCUCGGCGGAGGACACCUGCUGCGAGGCAUUGACUCGCUAGGAGGAGGACACCUGCUGAGAGGUGUCCCCACGCAGGCGGAAGGACGCAGGGUGCCGAACAUCUACAGGCAGCGCCUUCUCGACUAUUUCAAGAGCCACCCGGACACGUACGCGGGGCGCGAGGUGCGCGCGCUGGACCCGCUCAGCGGCAUGUCGUUCGGCGUCGACAAGCGGCUGGACUCACUCAGUGGCAUGACUUUCGGCACGGAGAAGAGGAACUUUGAUGAGAUCGACAGGUCGGGCUUCAGUGGCUUCGCCAAGAAGCGCAACUUUGACGAAAUCGACCGCUCUGGCUUCAACGGCUUCGCCAAGCGGUCGUCGGCAGCCAGCGUGCAGAAGCGAAACUUUGACGAAAUCGACCGCAGUGGCUUCAGCAGCUUCGUGAAGCGAGAAGCCAACGCCAAGGACAAAAUAUAGGCCACAACGGCAAAUGUUCAUUUUCCCCGCCAUUCACUUAAUCAGGCCGAUUUGCACCGGUCGAGGAGAGCUUGCCAGCCGACGGCAGCCGAGGGCCAGCCGGCCGCCUGCGGUCCGCAGGUACCCCGCUGAGGCGACUGGGCGGCCGGUGGCGCCGCGACGCCUGUACCCCGGACCAGCGCGCGGCGGCGGCCGCCGAUCGGCACGCGGCGUCCGAGAGGCUGGACGGGACGCGCCGCUUGGGGCUGCGCCGGCGCUGGAGCUGGCUUCCAGCCGUCGCCGCGGAGCGCUCGCGACCCGCCAACCGGAGGCCGUCCGUUUCGCGUCGGUCGGUUUAUUUAUUCAUGGUGAGAUGUGUUCUUGUUCCGUGAUGAGGUGCUACUAAUUGAUGAAAUAAACGUGAUGU